AUUCCCACUCAACCUACAGCAACAAACAGAGCUGUUCACACACACACUUCCACUUCUACACAGAACACAGAACACAGCAACCGCAGCCAUGCAGAUCUUCGUCAAGACCCUCACCGGAAAGACCAUCACCCUUGAGGUCGAGUCCUCCGACACCAUCGACAACGUAAAGAGCAAGAUCCAGGACAAGGAGGGCAUCCCUCCGGACCAGCAGCGCCUUAUCUUCGCCGGAAAGCAGCUGGAGGAUGGUCGCACGCUGGCCGACUACAACAUCCAGAAGGAAUCCACCCUGCAUCUUGUCCUGCGCCUCCGUGGAGGUAUGCAGAUCUUCGUCAAGACUCUCACCGGCAAGACCAUCACGCUCGAAGUUGAGUCAUCCGACACAAUCGACAACGUCAAGUCAAAGAUUCAGGACAAGGAGGGCAUUCCCCCAGACCAGCAGCGCCUGAUUUUCGCCGGCAAGCAACUCGAAGACGGCCGCACCCUAGCCGACUACAAUAUUCAGAAGGAGUCUACUCUGCAUCUCGUCCUGCGUCUGCGUGGUGGUAUGCAGAUCUUUGUCAAGACCUUGACCGGCAAGACCAUCACACUGGAGGUUGAGUCAUCGGAUACUAUUGACAACGUCAAGUCCAAGAUCCAAGACAAGGAAGGUAUCCCACCAGACCAGCAGCGUCUCAUCUUCGCCGGCAAGCAACUUGAAGACGGCCGUACUCUCGCCGACUACAACAUCCAGAAGGAGUCGACGCUCCACUUGGUGCUCCGUCUCCGUGGUGGUAUGCAAAUUUUCGUCAAGACGCUCACGGGUAAGACUAUUACCCUGGAGGUCGAAUCGAGCGAUACCAUCGACAAUGUCAAGUCGAAGAUCCAAGACAAGGAGGGUAUCCCUCCGGACCAGCAGCGUCUCAUCUUUGCUGGUAAGCAGCUCGAAGACGGCCGCACCCUGGCCGACUACAACAUCCAGAAGGAGUCCACCCUCCACUUGGUGCUCCGUCUGCGUGGCGGUCAGUAGAUGCGACGAUCUCUUACGACUUCAUUCUGGGCAUGGCGUUCAUGACAUGAUCUGGCCUACGGGUUAGCGAUGGAGCGGAUUGGUUUUAUUCAUAGUUCACACGGCUGCUAAGGCCUCAACAAUGCAAACAAUCAUGCCUACGGGCUGAGUCUGG